AUGCCUGUUGGAUCCUGCUUGAUUACAGGCGGCACGGGCUACAUUGGUUCCUUCACGGCCCUUGCAUUGCUCGAAGCCGACUACAAAGUCGUGAUUGUCGACAACCUCUACAACUCGUCCCCCGAAGUCCUCAACCGGAUAGAGCUCAUCUCCGGAAAGAAGCCGGAAUACUACAAAGUCGACAUUACAGACGAGAAGGCGCUGGACGAGGUCUUCUCCAAGCACCCGGAUAUUGACAGCGUCAUCCAUUUCGCCGCAUUGAAAGCGGUCGGCGAGUCCGGCGAGAAACCUCUCGACUACUACCGAGUCAAUGUCUACGGAACCCUAUCGCUUCUCUCUUCCGCAGCUCGUCACAAUGUCACCAACAUUGUCUACUCCUCCUCUGCCACGGUCUACGGCGACGCGACCCGAGUUCCCGGCAUGAUCCCCAUUCCUGAAGAGUGCCCUCUGGGCCCCACAAACCCAUAUGGAAACACCAAGUUCACAUCGGAACUCCUGAUUACAGACCACAUCAACGCCGAGCGUGCCAAAGCCGAGAAAAAGGGAGACACCGAUGCAAUCAAGAAGUGGAACGCAGGUCUCCUGCGUUACUUCAACCCUGCCGGCGCCCAUCCCAGCGGAAUCAUGGGCGAAGACCCUUCGGGCGUACCGUACAACCUCCUGCCCCUCCUCGCCCAAGUGGCGACAGGCAAGCGUGACAAGCUGCUCGUCUUUGGCGAUGACUACGCGUCUCACGACGGUACCGCCAUCAGGGACUAUAUCCACAUCCUCGAUCUUGCACAGGGUCAUCUGAAAGCUCUCGACUAUCUCCGCCAACACCAGCCUGGUGUGCGGGCUUGGAACCUGGGCACAGGCCGUGGCUCUACCGUGUUUGAAAUGAUCAAAUCGUUCAGCAAGGCCGUUGGUCGUGAUCUGCCCUACGAGGUCGUCGGUCGGAGAGCGGGUGAUGUGCUGGACCUCACAAGCAACCCGUCAAGAGCGAACCGAGAAUUGGGAUGGAAGGCCAAACUAACGCUGGAGGACGCCUGUGUGGAUCUCUGGCGCUGGACCGAAAACAACCCUGAAGGCUACAGACAACCGCCGCCACAGAAGUUCUUGGAUGCCUUGAAGAAGAACAAUUAG